AUGGACCAAUGGCCCCAUGAGAAGAAGAUUGACCCCAUGGACCAAUGGCCCCAUGAGAAGAAGAUUGACCCCAUGGACCAAUGGCCCCAUGAGAAGAAGAUUGACCCCAUGGACCAAUGGCCCCAUGAGAAGAAGAUUGACCCCAUGGACCAAUGGCCCCAUGAGAAGAAGAUUGACCCCAUGGACCAAUGGCCCCAUGAGAAGAAGAUUGACCCCAUGGACCAAUGGCCCCAUGAGAAGAAGAUUGACCCCAUGGACCAAUGGCCCCAUGAGAAGAAGAUUGACCCGGCCCGAACCAGGGUGGAUGGGUUCGGUGGGGUGAAGGGGGAAGUUGGCGGGAGGGGAAGGGGAGAGGAGAGGGAAGAAGGUAGAAGGGAAGAAGGUAGAAGGGAAGAAGGUAGAAGGGAAGAAGGUAGAAGGGAAGAAGGUAGAAGGGAAGAAGGUAGAAGGGAAGAAGGUAGAAGGGAAGAAAUAGCGGAGAGGGGAGUGACAGAGCGGGGGAGAGGAGGGAAGUUGGGCAAGUUAGCCUGA